CUCCAUCGCUGCUGCAUGCUGUAAGCGUCUCAAAACUGUGAACACUGUUCCCAAGACUAGAAAUUGUGAGAUAUUCGCUUCGCAACGCAGUAGUUAUAUCGUGUGACUUAGUGAAUCGGUGAAAAUAAUCGAACGCUUGUCUCUGAAAUGUCACGGAAUUCAACGGUGUGAACUCAGUACUGUGUGGAUAUGAAUAAUGUGCGGUUUAUCCUGCUUGAAUUACAUGUAACUCAUUGAAACUCUUUCCUGCAACGAAGAAAUCAUCUCUACGUACAAAUCCAAUCAAUAUUAUAAUCACUGAAAUAUAUUUAAGUUACUGAACUUUUGUAUUUAACGUUGAACGACUUAAAAUUCUUAACAAAAUGCAAUCUGAGAUAUUAAGUGAAAAAUUUCAAAUAUUAUUGCGGAAAUUAUUAGAAAUUACUAGUUUCUUAUUGUUUGCACCGUUUUUUGUUAUUAUUCUAAUGUUUUUACAUAUCUAUCGUCGUUUGAUUGAGAUUGUGCUAAGAAUUCAACUUAGAGACAAAUUUGCCGGUCUCUUGGAAGGCUCGGAUGCUUUAUGGUCCGUCGAAGAUACAUCUCUAUCCUUGAUUACUGCCAUAUUAAUAGUGAAGAAAACCGCAGGAAGUACAAAUACGAUUUUCCUGAAGAAUAUCAGAAAAUUCUUUACUCAUUUAUCAAAGACUGUUCCCAAGGAGCUCGAUAAACUGUUUUACUACAGAUAUCAAAAGUUUGGUUACUUUUAUUGGGAGAAAUCAAAAUUUAAUCCAGAAACCGCGAUUAGAUGGUUGGAGUGUGAAAUCAGUAAUUGCGAUGGAUCUUGCGAGAAUGUUCACAGUACAACCUUUCAAGAAAAUCUAGGUUUUAUAUGCAACCAACCGUUGUAUGAUAAUCAUAAACCAAUGUGGGAGAUGCUCAUUGGAAGACGUUGUUCCAAAUUUUCAUCUUAUAUGGAAGAAGAUCCGAGCUUGUCUUCCGAAGAUCGCUUCAAUACCGAUGUUGACGAAAUUCCUGUAGUAUUUCGCGUACAUCAUUCUCUUGGUGAUGGUAUAGCUCUUCUCAAGAUGUUGAGCACAGUGAUUGCUGACGAUGACGUGAUAAAAGAACAGUCAACAAUAAUGCUCAGAAACAGCAUCUUGAUAGACAAAAAAAACAAUUUUAAAGAGAAAAAAAUACUUUUUUCGAAAACGAAGAUUAUUUCAAAUUUGAAACAAGUAUAUAACAAAACAAAAAAAAUGAUACUUAUAUUGUUUUCUUUAAAACUCUUGAUUUCUCAAAUUGUCCGUAGUACGGGUAAAAGCUCUCUGUAUAGUCAGCCUUUAACAGGUGAAAAACUAAUAUUCUGCCUUAUGGAAAACGAUGCCAAUAAAUCGCUUCUGAUGAAAAUUAAAAAAAUAAAACAGUACACAGGAACCAGAUUUAAUGACAUAGUAAUUACAGCUUUUGCUGCCGGUGUAGUUAAAUAUUAUUCACGCAUAAAGGAAGUAAUACCUGACGCAAUGUCGGUCUUCAUACCUAUAAGAAUGUCUAUGCCAGAUGAAAAAGUAAUGCUGUCUAACGAUUUUUCAUUUCUUAUGAUCAAAAGUUGUUUUGUUGAUGCAGAUAAAAAAAAUAUUCUAACAGUAAAUAAAACUGCCUGUCGAUUUCUUGAACGUCUUCAGAAAACUGCAUCGAUAAAUAACAGGAUCAGAAAUAGUUUAGAAGCAUCAGUAAAUUUUUUCUUCCUUAAACAUGUGUCUGGACUUUUGCCGGCGGAAGUAUUGAGAUAUUGUACUGAAUUUUUUUGCACUAUGGUGUUUAGUAAUGUAAUGGGUAUGCCAAAAAAAAUUCCUAUUUUGAAACAUUCUGUCGACAACAUACUGUUUUCGAUACCGAACAGAGGUAUAACUGGGUUGGGAUUAACUACAUUGACAUACGAUGACAAAAUAAAUCUGUGUUUAGUAGUUGAUAAAGCAAUAAUAAAAAAUAGAAAACUAAUCACAGAAAUACUAAAAGAGACUGUACGUGAAAUAGACUAUGCGUACAACAGUCUCGCAUAACUUUCGGAGUCAUCAGACAGUAAAGACACAUAUAGAAAAAAAUGAAUAUAAUAAAAAUUUUAAUAAAUUCUUGAUUAUAUACUUCGAUGUUUUGUAUCUGACAAAUAAAAUAAUAUCUAUUAUUACUACAUAAGUCGUUUAGACAAUACAAUAUGUAUAAAUUAAUUUUAUAUAUUGUAGGCAUUAAAAUGUU